UUGCUGACUUGGUUACUGUUGAAGAUUAUUGGUGUGUGGUCUCUGGUUUUUCUGCCUGUUAAGCAGGAUCCAGUUGUUGGUGGUAAACCUCCUCGUAGCCCCAUCUUGUCCCGGAGGUCCUAUCUGUCACCUCUAAGGGGUCGAAGGCGGUUAGUACAGGAUGCACUCCACGGUGGAGGAGACCCGUACCAGGCUCUUUACAACUACAUACCUCGCAACGAGGACGAGCUGGAGCUGAAGGAGGGGGACAUAGUUGAUGUUAUGGAGAAGUGUGAUGACGGCUGGUUUGUUGGUAAGGUGACAAAAUAUACAGACCUACCAAAAGCAUGCAGAUUAUUUCCAUUAUCCAUUGACUCCAUGAAAAUUUCUCUUAAUUGCUUCUGGAAAUAA